GGCGUCGUCAAGGAGGCGCUGCCCAACGCCAUGUUCCGCGUCGAGAUCGGCGUGCUGCUGUGCACGAUCUCCGGCAAGAUCCGCAAGAACUUCGUCAAGAUCCUCGUCGGGGACUCGGUCAAGGUCGAGCUGUCGCCCUACGACCUCACGCGCGGGCGGAUCACGUUCCGCGAGAGAAACUAG